AUGAGAAUGUUUGGGUUAACCAAAGAUUUCAUUCAAUCUUCGGAAUUGUCCUUGACCGGUAUUGGCUCAAUGACGAACAUAGAGACCGGUAAUAAAACAAAUACUAAAUCAGAUGAGAAGGCAGUGGCUGCGAUAAUUCGUAAAUAUAAGGGACUAAAUAACCCGUGA